AACUUACAUAAAACACACACAAAAAGAAGCAAAAAUGGCGGCUUACUGAUGCAAGAGCUUGCCAUUGAUUCAUCAAACAAGAAACACAAACACCCACAAAAUCCCCAAAUCAAAUGCAUCAAAAUCUCAAAAAUGCAACCAAAUCAAUCCCUCCUCAGCUUCUCUUCUUCACCAAUUCUCUCCGCUCAUUGUCUCACUCCUCAUCUCCUCUAAACCCAACCCUAAAACCCAAUAAAGUUACAAUCUUUCCACUCAUAUUUCAUCAUUACUGUCACUCUACAACAUUCCCAUCAUACCCACUUCACCAAAUCCCCAGUUUCCGACUCAACGACGUCGUUCACAGCGUCAAAGAAUGGUUCCAAACUCAAAAUUACGCCUCUUUAGAUCGAGUUUUCGAGAUUUUGAGCAACCAAGAUGAAGUUGACGAGGUUGCCCUUGAUCAACUCGGUCUUAGAUUGACUGAGUCAGUUGUUCUUGAGAUUCUUAGAUAUGGUAAUGCCAAAAACGAUGUACUUUCUUGUCUUAAAUUCUUUGACUGGGCUGGGAGACUGUCUGGUUUUCAUCACACACGUGCAACUUUUCAUGCAAUUUUUAAGAUUUUGUCUAAGGCUAAAUUAAUGCCACUUAUGCUUGAUUUUCUUGAUAAUUAUAUGAAGUUUCGGUUUAUUAAUCAUAAGCUUGGUUAUGGGUUUUACCCUACUUUGGUUAUGGGUUACUCUGUUGCUGGUAAGCCUUUGGUUGCUUUGCAAUUGUUUGGUAGGAUGAGGUUUCAAGGGAUUGAUUUGGAUGACUUUACUUAUCAUGUUCUGCUUAAUUCUUUGGUUGAGGAGUGUUGUUUUGAUGCUGUUGAGUGUAUUGCUAAUCAGAUUUCGAUUCGGGGUUUCACGAGUCAUGUUACGCAUUCCAUUGUUGUUAAGAGUUUUUGUAAGCAGCGAUUGUUGGAUGAAGCGGAAGGGUAUUUGCGUGAUUUGUUUGUAGAGGGGGAGUGUGGUAAUGGGUCGGCUGUAGGUGUGCUUGUCGAUGCGUUUUGUCGGGAGGGUUUGUUUGAGAAGGCGGGGCAGUUGGUUGAGGAGUUUAGGGGGUUGGGGGUUACGCCUAUGGAGCCUGCUUAUGAUGUGUGGCUUCGGAACUUGAUUCAGAGCGGGAAUGUUGAUUUGGCCUUGGGGUUUUUGCAGCAUAAGAAGUCGUUAGAAACGUAUGUUCCGGAGGUGUUUCAGUAUAAUGCUUUGUUAUGCAGGCUUUUGAAGGAGAAUCGACUCAAAGAAGCUUGUGAUUUGUUGCUUGAGAUGAUGGAAGGUGGGAUUUCUCCGGAUAAGAUCACUAUGAAUGCUGCAUUGUGUUUCUUUUGUAAAGCUGGAAUGGUGGAUGUUGCACUUGAUUUGUAUAAUUGCAAAUCUGAAUUUGGCCUCUCGCCGACUACUAUGACUUGUAAUUAUCUCAUCAACUCUUUAUGCGGAGAGGGGAAAGUCGACGAGGCAUACAGUGUGUUGAAGAAUUGUACUGACCAAGGUUAUAUCCCUGGUAAAAGAACGUUUUCGAUACUUACUCAUGCUUUAUGUAAGGAAGGAAAGCUCGAUAUGAUGAAAGAGCUGGUUGAUGUUGCUCUGGAGCGUAAUAUCAUACCGAGUGAUUCCAUGUUUGAUAAGUUUAUAUCAGCUAUGUGCAGGGCUAGGAGGUUAGAAGAUGGGUACUUGAUACAUGGAAAACUUAACCGAAUGAACCGCGUAGCUACAAAGUCUACAUACUCAAAUUUGAUUCACGGUUUUAACAAAAUUAACAAGGGUGAUGUUGCUGCAAGGCUGCUUAUUGAAAUGCAAGAUAAGGGUCAUAUCGCUACUCGGACUUUGUUCAGAGCAGUGAUUCGGAGUCUAUGCGAUAUGGAAAACCCGGAAAAUCAGUUUUUCAACUUGUUGGAGAUGCAACUAUCUCAUCAUGAACCUAAUUGCCAGAUUUAUAAUUUCUUUAUCGAUGGAGCUGGGCAUGCAAAGAAGCCUAAUCUUGCAAGAGAAACUUUUGAGAUGAUGCUUAGAAGUGGGAUCAAACCUAAUCUGAGUUCUGACAUUCUUAUGUUACAGAGUUAUCUAAAGAGCGAGAAAAUAUCUGACGCUUUUAAUUUUUUUAACGAUUUAUGUCACAGAAGAACGAUUGGCAGAAAGCUAUGCAAUACCAUGGUUGUAGGUCUUUGCAAAGGCCAAAAAUUGGAUUCUGCAUUGACCUAUUUCAAAGAAAUGAAGGGUAAUGAAGUGGUUCCUAGUAUUGAAUGUUACGAGGUUCUUAUACAGUCAUUGUGCUCGAACAAAGAUUACGAUACGGCGAUAGAUCUUGUUAAGGACUUCGAGAAAACAGGUCGUCAUAUUACAUCCUUUAUAGGCAACAUAUUUUUGUUGCAUUCCUUCAAAAGCGACGAGCUCUAUAAUGCCUGGCUUCGAUCAAGAGAGGAGCACGAUGAGGGUUCUUCCGGUCUUUCAAUUCUUGGGCAAAUAAUUGGUGCAUUUUCAGGCCGUCUUAGAGUGAGCCAAGAGAUAGACUCCUUGGAAGACGUGAUUGAACAGUGUUUCCCGCUUGACCUAUACACAUACAAUAUGUUAUUGAGAAGAUUAAGCAUGAUUAACAUUGAUUAUGCUUGUGAAUUGUUCGAUAGAAUAUGCCAGAAUGGUUACGAGCCAAAUCAAUGGACGUACGAUAUCUUAGUUCAUGGACUUUUUAAGCAUGGAAGAACAGAAGAGGCAAGGAGGUGGGUGGAUAUAAUGUUUCGGAGAGGGUUUGAUCCGACUGAUCGAACUAAACGACUCAUGUAAAAGGUAACACCGAAAACUCGUUGACAUGUUCUAAGUUCUAGAUAUUUUGAUAGAAGAAAAGGGUACCUGAUAUUUGAUUUAUUAUAUUCUUGUUUUCUGGUUUUA